CUUCGUUAUUAUUUUAACACUAAUGUUACGAUACAAAUAGUUCAGUUACUUCUUAUAAUGUUUUAUUGUUAUACUGUCACAAUGAAGAGAACAAAAACUUGAAUCCCUCCUUUAUAUCCCUAUCUGAGUGGUAAUUAAGUCAUGCUUUUCAUUUUGAAAUAAAACAUUGCACCAACAUGCAAUACAAAAAUGAACACCAUUGCCAUUAUUACUGCGAAAACAUCUAAUGGGAAUAGUCCUAAUCAGGCUGAAGUGACUACUUGUGGAACACUGCAAUUGGCAAAUAUUUCUUCAUUUAAUUCACCUAUCAUGCCUAGUGAGUCAGAAGGUAAACGUAUAUUUGAGGUGCAUCGAACAAAAGCAAAUGUAAACGACAGCAAGCUAUAUGAUGACCAGUGUACUACGGCUCCAUCCAUGAGACAAAGGCCAAAACGUAUGGAAAAACAUGUCACACUGUCCGAUGAAAUUUUGGAUUUAAAUUUUUCUUCAUUCAUGCGUCAUCAUAAUAUCAAAUCAGAUGAUUACUACAAUCAUUAUAAUAUUAGUAAUAAUGAUCAAAGAGAUGGAAAAAAUGUUACUAGUUCCCAUGAUAAUUAUCCACUUUCAUCUAAUUCAACAAUUCCACAUAUGUCAACGGAUAAAAUAAGCACUACGAGUCUUGGAAGCAUGGGAAGAUAUUAUUCUAAUGAUAGUGGUGAGUAA